AUGGGAGAGGUUCAGCCUCCUGACUGUUCCAUUUGCUUCGAAGCAGCAGUGACGGAUCUCGCCGCUGUUUCCUGCGGCCACGUCUUUCAUCUAAAAUGCGUAGAACAGUGGCUGGCCAGCAGCAACAUGGGCAGCAGAUCCGGCUGCCCCAUUUGCAGGAAGCCCUGCGGCCCGCGGCUGAAGCUGCGUUUCGUGUGGAGCUCCACGAGGGCAGGCGAGAGAAACGAGGAACUCCUGGCCUCUGAUGAGCCAGAGCCUCUCGUGGAGAGAUUGAGGGGGGAGCUCGUGACAAUCCGAAGAGAAAAGAAUGGGAUGCAAAAUCGCCUGGAGGAGCUGGAAGCCGCAGCAAAGGCCCACGCUGAGGAACUUGCUGCAGUGGAGAGGCGCUGCGCAGCAGCAGCAGCAAAGGAGAAGGCAGCUGCAGCAGCAACAACAGCAGCAGCAGAAAAGGAGCUGCAGAAGACAAUGCGGCAGCUGGUGGUAGAACAGGCGAAAACAAGAAAAGCCCAUGCCCAGCUUGAGCUGGCUAGGCAGCAGCAGACAGCACUCGAGAAGACGCUCCAUGGCUUAAUUGGAGAUGCGCCCUCAGAGGAUCGCGCGAAGGCGCUACUCAAUGACUUUAAGUCGUGGGGACGACUGGAAGAUGCAGUACUGACGCUACACAGGGCCAUUACAGUGCUGCAGAGAGACAAAGAAAGGCUCAAGAAAGAAAAACUAAGACAAGAACUGACGGCCAGGAAACGCAUCCACGAAAUGCGCAAGGCGCUGGAGGCGCUGGAGUCCGUUCAGUGUACGUGCAGCGCGGGAGCAGAACCGAAGACUACCCGCAGCGAGAGAGCAGCAGCAGCAGCUGCGGCGGCCACUACACCAGCAGCAGCUGCAGCAGCAGCAACGGCUCCAGGGUCGUUGGCAGUGGAAGCAGCAGCAGCAAAAGCAGCAUCAGCAACUGCUGUGCUCAGGAAGAAGCGCAGGCCUCCUUCAGAAACAUCUUCAGCAGCAGCUCAAAAUGGAGGUGCAGCAGGAAGUGCAGCAGCAGCAGCAGCGGAAGGAGCAAUUUCUGUAGACUCAGAAGAUGAUGAAUUCGAGAAUCUACGCAACGCAGAGUCCAUGCGCGCACUGAGGGGAUUGCUGCAGCAGCAGCAGCAGCAGCAGCAGAGGCCGCUGCUGCAGCAACGCACUAUUCUUCGCACCAGCCGAGUAGUUGCUCCUGCGGGCCCCACAGCCAGGCCCAAAGCGGGCCUCAGUGGUAACGAGAGUGUGCCUCUGCAGGGUGCUUCCUCAGCGCCAGCAGCAGCAGCGGCUGCUGCUGCUCCAGCUACAGCGACUGCUGCUGCUGCUGCUGCUGCUGCUGCUGGCUCCAGGGUUGCUGCUUCAGACGCGGCGGAGCUGGAGCCCGGAGAAGCAGCAGCAGGGGCUCCAGCGCUGACCGGCGUCGCAAAGCUUCACCGAGUACGCCGGCAGCAACAAGAGCAGCAGCAGCAGCGGCAGCAAGAACAACAGCAGCAGCAAGAGCUACUGCAGCAGGAGCAGCAACAGCAGCAGCAUGUGGCACCUGAGGCAUUCAGCAUAAGCAGCAGCGAGUCCCAGGAUUGCUCCGACCCUCGCAUAGUGCGAGCUGAAGCUUCUCCUCUUUUUCAGAGGCCUGUAACAGCAGCAGCAACGCCAGCGGUAGCAGCAGCAACAGCAGCAGCGGAAACGUCAACGACAGCAGCAACAGCACCAGCAGCAGUUGCAGCUGCAGCAUCCCCAACAACGGUAGCAGCGACCCCACCAAGGCGAACAGUGCAGCGAGCUUGUGCAGUCACUCAUGCUCACAACAGCAGCAGCAGCAGCAGCAGGAGCAAUACCACGGCAAGCACCAAACAGGCCAACAGCAGCAACAGCAGCAGCACCACCACCACCACCGCCGUCGGCAGAGGGACAACGGAGAAUGAAUUGCAUCCUCCGGACUUCUUUGAUUUUCAAGAAGACGAUCCCGGGAUCGAGGACUCCCAGGCCGCUCUGAAUCUGCUGCUGCGCCCCGCGCUUUCUUCGCCCCCUUCAGCUUCUCCUGCAGCAUGCAGCAGCAGCAGCAGCAGCACGGACAAUGCAGUCUUCACUUCCCUCUCGCCCACCCCGCCUUCGUUGCUGGGGCCCCCACGCUCUGCAGGCGCUAGGUCAAGGGGCCCAUCGACCCCCCUCCGGUCGUUACGGGGGCCCGCUGGGGCCCCUGCAGGGGCCCCCACAGGGGCCCCCACGGGGGCCCCUGCAGGUAUUCUAGCGGGGGCCCCUGCAGGUACCCUGGCCGGGGGCCCCAAGUCCCCAGCUCGAAGAGGGGUUUCGCCCAGCCUUUUGUCCUGCGGCGUUUCUUCAGCUCCGCGCUCUAAGCCAUCUUCACUAUCGGGAGGUCACUCCAAGCUGCUUCACGGCCGCGCGCUGCGUGACAUCCGCGUUUUCUUCAAGCCCGCAUAA